AUGACAUCGUUCUUUGACUGGAGCGGCCAUGGUCUUGAUCAAGCUCGGUUUGAAGGUCUGGCAAAGCUGCUGCGCUUGCGAUACCACGGCCAGGUCGAGCAUCCAUCACGUUAUGACGAGUUGCAGCGAGAUGCCAUAUUUGAUGACGAUGAUGCCAAUAGCGAUGCGGCGACCAACAGAACGUCAACGCUCGUAAACUUCAAUCCUGGCCGUCUGCGCAGAACCUUCCUCGACAGAUUGGCAGAAGUAAUCGCUAACGAGAAGGGUGGACGACAUGUUGCCGCUACCAUGAUGGUGCAGGCUCAAGACAGCGUUAAUGUCUUCGUUGCGAAAAAUAACAAAUUCCGACAGGCUGACAUAUCCUUCCUGGACCAGCUUGCAGCACUGCUGCGUCUUGUUGCUGGCAGUCGCGCGUUUGAGGCCGAGAUUGAUCAGCAUACUUCUUUGUUAUGGAAUAGACUCCUCGAACACUACGAGAUGCGAGUCCAAGGGUAUGUUGUCGAACUCAGACAACUGCUCAAACUGCUCUUCCCUGGAGAAAGCCCAAGCGAUCAAUAUCAAGCAUCAGAUACCCAGAUUCUCAUACAUCUGCGUGUUCUGCGCGUGGCUAUCUACACGCACUAUCCCUCAACACUUGCCAGAAACCAGGCUUUAGUGGAGGGAGCUUACUCAAUCUACAGAAGCUUCGUGGAAGAGGACUUUGCAGCUCUACCUUCCACCAGUUGGCAACGCUUACGAAGCUGUCUAGGCUUCCUGGGGAGACUGCAGGCGUCCUUCAAAACUUUUAUCAAAGCCGCCGAGCGGCUACCGGGGUUUGAAAACGUCAAGGUUCUCGUCGUGCAGCCGCCUGCUCAGGGAAAUAGCAAAUCCGGGGGAGGUAAGGUAGUUGUCGCAAAAUGGACCGUGCCUCGCCUUUUCGAACAUAUUGGAUACGAAUUUACCGACAAGAACGUCUCCAGUCUAUUGACUGGCCCUGGCAAGAAGUCUCAGUGGACUAGAAAUAAACUGCUACAGGAGUUCAACAAGCUGGGUUCAUGGACUGGAGAAGUACAUGCAGAACUGCAACUACUUCCAUCAUACCUGCAGGCCCAGGAGACUAACAACUUGGCUGCUCAGUACAUAGGCUGCAGCAAGCACAGUUGCUUCCUCUGUUGGCACUUUCUGGAGCAGGUCGGUGCAAUCAGGACGAGAGGAUGUCAUGGCAAGUUGUACAACCUCUGGGGUCUCCCAGACUUCCAUGCCAUAACAGCGUCGCAGACCCAUGGACUUCUAGCAGCAGUCCGCCAUGUCGAAAGUUUAGUCGAGAAACAGAUUCUGGCAACAGACGCUCAAGGUCGGCAGCAGGCAAAGGAAUCAACUCUCGGUCCGUCAUCUAUCGGGACAGCCCUGCCAGGUUCCGGAUCAACACCGCUUACGAGACUGAUAAUACAGGAACACCUUGUUAACCAGAGGGCUAAUUCUUCUCGCGCGCAAGACACAGGAAAAGCGACCGAAGUCGAGCACGCGCCCGCCAUGCCUGCAGCUGAUGGUCUCAACGAUGUCGAGGCGCCGCGAUCACGACUCGGCGUUGUUCGCAUUGUGGCGGAGCGCGGUUCUGCAGCCUUAGACUAUCUCAAAAGUGACUGCCACAACGAUAUUUUACCAACAGAUCCCGGCGCCCGCGAGGACUUUGGAUUCGAGCGCUGCAGGAACAAAGCUGAAGAGAGCAACCUUCUGGGGCUUUAUAUCGGAGUACUCAUAAGCUUCGAGAUCAGCGCCGAGAAGUUACAUGACUGGAGACAAGAGGGAAGUCUUCUUGGAAACAUUGUGCAGCUGUUUUCCACACAACCCGAGGGCCACCGUGGUGCUUAUUUCCCGUGGUUGCUUCGCAAUAGCCAUAUUCUGGACGGGCAUGGGAAAGUGGCACGGGAUCUGGACGAUCCUGUGAAGCAUCUUGAUCAGCUAUACAACGAAGCAAGAGCUUUCCUUGACGCAGCGGACCAGACCAAGGAAAUAUGGGCCCUCACACCAUUCGCGAAGCAACACUGCUGCUUUUUUCUGACCCUGAUUCUUGGUCAUAUGCGCCCACGUCCGGACGACGUCCAGACAGAUCUCUGGUACGACUUUGGCUUUGUCGUCUGCUCUGACGAGCAUGACGAACAAGCACUCUGGAACUACUAUGUCUGGCUCUUGCUGGGGAACAAGUUCACAAUCGAUUCCGACCGGAGUCUUGGAUCGGAAGAUCCCUGGGAAGCCGGAUCGUUGAUGGAGCUCUUCGACCAUCAUAGCACCUCCCUGGGCGGAGAAAGCUACGGAGCCAGUCUCGAUCGCCGUUAUCCAGCUUUGCGAGCGUUCCUGACGGCUCCGGGUGGAAGUGCUAGGCCUUCCACAUGGCGAUUGAAGCAGUUCCUAGCCAUCGACAACGCAAACGUUCUGACUGUUGCGCCCGAGAUUGCGAGUGCAGCGACGGAAUACGGAUUUCAUCCGAAGCUCAGCACGAGAACGAUGCUUGAGCUCCGCCACUUCUACAUCCGGCUUUUCCAGCGUGGCCUACUGCCCGAAAGCUUGGAUGAGGCUAGGCGAAAGGGAAUCUUGCAGAGCAUGGCCGACGAAAGGUACGGUGGAGAGAUCAGCGAAGCGAUCAAGCGCGUGCUGAGAGGUAUAUCCGUGGGCUAG